AUGGUUCUCGCAUCUUGGUUCUCGCCCAUCUCCAACCUAGCACGGAAAGCCAUGGGUUCAACAGCGUACGCAGUGUACAGCAAUGGCGCUGGCAAUGGCAGCAGCGCGCGCACGGUGACAGCCAUGGGACGAUGGUCGAUUCUCAACAAGCAACUACCCGCCGUCGAUACCAUCAAGGCCAUCCAUGUCUACGAUUUUGACAACACUCUCUUCAAGACGCCGCUUCCAAAUCCCAAGCUGUGGAAUGGCCCAACAAUAGGGACGCUAUCGAACCCUGAUGCCUUCGUCAAUGGCGGAUGGUGGCACGAUUCUCGCAUUCUGACCGCGACAGGCGAGGGCCUCGCCAAGGAAGAGGCGCGCGCGUGGGACGGGUGGUGGAACGAGAAGAUUGUCGAGCUCAUCCACCUGAGCAAUAAGCAAAAAGAUGCGCUCUGCGUCCUCCUCACGGGGCGCUCCGAGUCUGGCUUCGGCGAUCUGAUCAAGCGCAUGGUUGCAAGCAAGGGCCUUGAGUUCGAUCUGAUCUCGUUGAAGCCAGCUGUCGGCCCCAACAAUGAGCGCUUUGCCAAUACCAUGGUUUUCAAGCAGAUGUUCCUUGAGGCUCUGAUGGAGACAUACAGGCAUGCCGAAGAGAUCCGCAUCUACGAGGACAGGAUAAAGCACGUCAAAGGUUUUCGCGACUUCCUCGAUGACUACAACAUCAGGCAGAUAAACGGGAUACCAAGCCCUAUUACGCGUGGACCUAUCAAGGGCGAGGUCAUCCAAGUGGCCGACGUGGCCACCUACCUCGACCCCAUCGUCGAAGUGGCCGAAGUGCAGCAAAUCAUUGCUGAGCACAACGCUGCUCUGUCUAAGAGGCGGCGCGGCGUCAGGGGCGAGCGCCUCGCCAUCAAGAAGACCGUCUUCUACACAGGAUACAUGAUCAACAACGCUGACACACAACGCUUGCUCACUCUGGCACAGACCCCGCAGAAUCUUCCCGAAGGGGAGCUCAAGUUCCACGCGAACAACAUCAUGAUUUGUCCACGACCUUGUCCGCCAGCCAUCCUAGAAAAAGUCGGCGGCAUCGGCGGCAAAAUGACAUGGGAAGUGACCGGAACGGCCUGCUUCGAGAACACCAUCUGGGCGGCGUGCGUCAAACCCGUACCCGCGACAGCAAGCUUCCAUACAGGCGACCCGACUCCGCUUGUCGUGCUGGCCCUGCGCAAGGGCGCCCGCCACGUGGACGCAGGUAAGAUUCAACACUGGCAGCCCGUGCCCCCGGAGAAAGCUUUUCGCUUCGAGACGACGGUCGGCGAGAAGAUCCUGCUGCGUAUCGAGGCCGAGGACUCGGCGCCCUACCAGCACCACGCCCGCGACCGCGCCCUCAAUAAGCGCAAGCACACGGCCGCGUCGGACGACUUUCGCGCGCGGCCGUCGGGCCCCGCGCAGCAGCAGCACCGGCACUUCCACCACCAAGCCAACAACUUUGCCGGCGGCGGCGGAGGUCGCGGCGGCGGAGGCUCGGGGCGAGGCCUCUUUCGCGGUAACGGCGGCGGCGGGAAUAACCGCGGGCCUAGAGGCCAGCGCAGCGGCGCGCCUAAGGGGGCCCGUGGCGGCCGUGGGGGCGGGUAUUACAAAAGUCUGGAUGAUGUUGGUGGCCGUGACGCACAGCCCGGUUUCGCCCAGAUGUACGAGGACGGCUUUCAGGGACAGAAUAUCCCGACGGGGCCGUCGAACCCGGCGAACCCGGGGUUUUAUGGCUAUUAG